UUUUCAGCUCUCUCUCUUCUCUCUCUCUCUCUCUCUUAUUCCCUUUUUGUCUACAAAUUCAACUCAACGCCUCUUUACCUUCUCUUUGAUUGGAGCAGAGAUAUAAAUUUGGAUAUACAGAGACAAAAUUGGACAGCCCAGCCCAGUAUUUCUUUUCCUUUUUAAGAAUAUUCCAGAAAAAGAACUCUUUAUAUAGAGAGAGAUUUGGAGAGAGGAGAGAGAUUUGGGUGAAUCAGAUAAUUGGGAGAGAUGGGUAGGGGGAAAAUUGAGAUAGCCAAGAUCGAGAAUGUGAAUAGCAGGCAAGUGACUUUCUCCAAGAGACGUGCUGGUUUGAUGAAGAAGGCUUAUGAGCUGUCUGUGCUUUGUGAUGCUGAGAUUGCUGUCAUUGUUUUCUCUAGCACUGGCAAGCUUUUUGAGUUUGCUAGUUCCAGUAUGGAUCAGACACUUGCCCGGUACAACAAAUGUUUAGAAGCUUCUGAAAACUCUGCAGUCGUGCAUGAGGUACCGAAGAAGGAAGAUCAGGAUGUCGAUGAUCUGAAAGAGCAGAUUGCAGAUCUCAAGAUGAAAAACAUGCAGAUACUGGGGAAGGACCUUAGCGGUUUGGGCUUAAAAGAAUUGCAGCAGUUAGAACAGCUCUUGAAUGAAGGUUUAUUAUCUGUUAAGGACAAAAAGGAACAAUUACUGAUGGAGCAACUGGAAAUAUCAAGGAAAAAGGAACAGAAGGUCAGCAUGGAGAAUGCUAAUCUGCGCAGAAAGAUUGAGGAGCUUCAAAGUUAUUUCCCACCAAAUGCUCUCCCAGUGUCUGGCUACCUUGAGUACCACGAGGUGCCAAGGAAAUAUUCUCCAAGAAAACAUGUACCCUCAAGUCUGGAAACAAAUUGCCAAACGGAUGCUGAAAAAACAGAUAUGAUGACCACCUUGUUCCUCGGUCCCCCUCCUGAGAACAAUCAACGAAAGAGGAAGACUCCAGAGCAAGAAACUGAAACUCCUUCAGCUGGUACUUGUGACAGUCAGAUUGACUGAUGAUUCUUGCCUUCAUUUGUUUGCCGAAAACCAUUUUAAAAAUGGAAGUUAAUUUGAAAGGUGCAUUAGGACUACCUAUCUGCUUGCGGGGACACCCCUGCCCCCAAACGAUUUUAGGAUGUUCUAAUUACAUAGGUUAAGCUCAUUUUAUGACAAAACGUUUCUUGCGGGGAAAACUUUUUAGACAAAAGUUGCAGUGUUUUUUUUCUCGUUUCUCAGUAAACUAUUACUGGUUGGAAAAUAUUGAAACUGAGACAUAAGCCAAUUAUAGGCUGGAUCACAUUAAUAUGUUUGCUGGUUUUGCUUUUUGCCAUUAAAUUUGCUGUUUUUUGUUUCUUCAGAG